AGGUCACUAGGUAAUCUGACUGCAGGAAAGCAGUAGCUACACAGCGAUGUUAUUGGAAACACAAGGCUUUUCUGGUAAACAGGUUAAACUGGGUUUCUGAUGAUGCUGACAUGGGGUCAGAGCUACUAAACUUUAACAGAAAUGAUGGAGUCCUAAAUUAAUCAGUAACAAAAAUUACACAAAGUUUCCUGACCCAAGGUUUCAUUCUCAACACAAAGGAAACUCUCACUGACUUGACAUGUUCUGGUUUUGAAUUCAGGCUGCAAGGGGUCAUUGCUCGAAAAUGAGUCUCUCUGGGGAGAGAGAGGAGGGCAGCCAAUUCUCUAAAAUGAGUCUCUCUGGGGAACAUGACACCAAAGCUAAGAGACCAAUCAAGCAGGAGAGACCAGCCUCCCCUGUUCCCAGCUGUGUGUCCAUGAAGAGUGACUGGUCUAUGGAUCCUCCUAUAACCUUUAGAGAGGGAGACUUUUCUACUGAACAAAGACCAAUCAAGCAGGAGAGACCAGCCUCCCCUGUUCCCAGCUGUGUGUCCAUGAAGAGUGACUGGUCUAUGGAUCCUCCUCUAAACUUUAGAGAGGGAGACUUUUCUACUGAACAAAGUCCAAUCAAGCAGGAGAGACCAGCCUCCCCUGUUCCCAGCUGUGUGUCCAUGAAGAGUGACCAGUCUAUGAUGGAACCUAUAGAGUUUAGAAAGGGAGACUUUUCUACUGAACAAAGGUACAAUGUAUCACGUCUGGUGAACAGGUUCCACAUCCUCAGUCAGACCAGUACAAACAGGAUCAGCAGCACAACAAGACCAAUCAAGCAGGAGAGACCAGCCUCCCCUGUUCCCAGCUGUGUGUCCAUGAAGAGUGACUGGUCUAUGAGUCAACCGUUACAGUUUAGAGAGGGAGACUUUUCUACUGAACAAAGGUAAGAAGAACUCAUGGGUCCUGGUCAGUGAGUUAAACAACACUGUCUCUAGUCAUUUCUCCUCCCAUUUUCCCAUUUAUUGUUGUUGUUUUCAUAAUCAAUAGGCUAAUCAUUUUGUCCAUUUUCAUAGUCCUAAAACAAUAUUAAACAAACACAACAUUGACUCAGUACUGGUACUCCUUAUAGCCUCAUUAUUACCUCAACUACCUGGUACCCUGCACA